AGAGAGAGAGAACGUUAAAACAGGCGAGCUUUUAAGUAGAUGAUUCAUCGCAGGCUCUGAAGUUAGAUGUUCACGAAGAGCUCUCUCUCUCUCUCUCUCUCUCUAUCUCUCUGUCUACUGUCGCUGUGCUUCUCUCUCUAAAAUACUUCUCGUCGAGGACCUCCGCACGGACCAGCGCCAGCUUCACACUCGGCAUUCACAUCUUCUGAGGGACGUCUGAGGAUGGAUCCGUGCCCCUUCGUCCGCCUGAUCGUUGAGUCUCUGUCCCUCAAGCUCCCCGUCGACCAGUCCAAGCCCGCCGUCGCCGGCGGGGGGAUCCACCCCUCCGCCACCCCCUGCUUCUGCAAGCUCCGCCUCAAGAACUUCCCCCCACAGACCGCCCUCCUCCCGUUGUCCUCCUCUUCCUCCUCCGCUGCGGACCCGCCGGACACCGCCACCUCCGCCCCCGGAUUCCACGUCGACCCCGCCGCGCUCCGCCGGCUCUCCGGCAAGCCCUUCGCACUCCGGGUCUCCGUCUACUCUGGCCGGAUGGGGGGCCGGACCUGCGGGGUCAGCGGCGGGAAGAAGCUGCUGGGGCGGGUCCAGGUCAGCGUCAGCCUCGACGGGGCCCAGGCCCGGCCCGUCGUCUUCCAGAGCGGGUGGCUGAAGCUCGGGCCCGCGCCAGGCAAGCCCGCGCCCGCGAGGCUCCACCUGGUGGUCCGGUCGGAGCCCGACCCGAGGUUCCUGUUCCAGUUCGGCGGCGAGCCGGAGCUCAGCCCGGUCGUGUACCAAAUCCAGGGGAGCAACAUUCGGCAGCCGGUCUUCAGCUGCAAGUUCAGCGCCGACCGGAAUUGCAGAUCCCGAUCAUUGCCAUCGGAUUUCACCAACACCAGAGGAUGGAUGAGGACUUUGUCUGGGGAGCGAGAACGGCAGAGCCGGGAGCGGAAGGGGUGGAUGGUCACGAUCCACGACCUCUCGGGCUCGCCCGUGGCGGCCGCCUCGAUGGUGACCCCUUUUGUGCCCUCCCCAGGCUCCGACCGGGUCUCCAGGUCGAACCCCGGCGCGUGGCUCAUCCUCCGCCCCAACGGGUACUCGGUCAGCAGCUGGAAGCCGUGGGGCCGGCUCGAGGCGUGGCGGGAGCGGGGCCCCACGGACGGACUGGGGUACAAGUUCGAGCUGGUCAUGGAGGGCGGGCCCACGAGGGGGAUCCCCAUAGCCGAGGCGACAAUGAGCGUCAAGAAGGGCGGGCAGUUCAGCAUCGACGUCGGGUCGAGCCUGAAGUCGCCCGUGAAGGGCUUCGUGAUGGCGUCCACGGUGGAGGGAGAGGGGAAGACGAGCAAGCCAGCAGUGCAGGUGGGCGUGCAGCAUGUGACCUGCAUGCCCGACGCCGCCCUCUUCAUUGCGCUCUCCGCCGCCAUCGACCUCAGCAUGGACGCGUGCCACCUGUUCUCGCAUAAGCUGAGGAAAGAACUAUGCCAUGAUGAUCAAGAUUGCUAUACCUGAGAAAGCAAAACAUCUGAAUUUGAAACAUAUGCCCCUGCUAACCAAUUUUUCCGCAGUGACGACUGAUCAGUACUUCCUCGCCCCGAAGAGAAAAAAACUUCGGGUUUGAGCGGAAAAGACAUCAUUGCGUGCUUCGCAAAUUUCUCUUGCCGCGAUCACGAUUGCUUCUUCGAUUGGAUUUUUGAUGAUUUUGGUACUUGUAGAGUUGGGGAGUUUGAUACUGGUGCUGUCAAUACCGACACUUUUGGAGGGGUUCUCUCUUUUGCUGGAGACAAGUUUUUUCUUUUUCUUCUUCUUUUUGUAUAAUUUACUUAUCGUAAUUGUACAGACAGGGAGGUCUGGGUUUGCUACAGUUGCUUGUUCAUAUGAAUAUAUUAACUGAUUCUUUGAA